GUAAUUUAAAGAAAUCUGUUAGAGGAGCAGCCUACCUAAAAAGAAUCAAUUUUAUGCAAAGUGUUUUAGGCUCUUCUAAUAUAGGGGACACCUUAUUUGGAAAUAUGUUACCUACGAGUGAAGGAAUUAACAAACGUUUCAGAGAGCUUUCUUUAUUUUUCCACCCUGAUAAAACAAGUCAACCUAAUACUCCAUACUGGCUUAAUGAAAAUCACAAAGAUUUAGGCGCAAAGCUAUUCCAAAUUAUUCUAGAGUUUAAAGAAAAAUUGUCAAAGGACUACGAAGAAACUGUAAGGGCCAAAGGCUUCAUAACUUAUCAUGAAAAAGAGGCAAAUAGGCUUUGGAAGAUUUCGAUUGAUCAUCGCAAUGCAUCCAAAGGACAAUGGAAUAAACUCAAAAUAAUAAAUAUAGAUGACAUUAGGGGCUUCUCCUCCGAAAAACUAGAACGUUUAAGCAUAGAUUAUGGAAUACUUGCUUAUAAUGAAUACCGAGAAGCUUGUCAAUUUGCCGAUAAAUCAGGACAACUAAAAAAACGAGUAGAAUUGCGGGGAAACAUGGCGUUGUGCUUAUAUGUUUCUAAAAAACUUAUCGAAGCUCAGUUAUAUGCAUUAUCUGCAAUUCAGAUACUACUUCGAAGUUCAGAAGCAACAGUUCAGGAUAUGAUUUCUGUAAAAAAAAUUUAUAAUAAAGUCAAAGGUUCGGAUGAAACCAAUGAAAGUAAUGAGACUGAAUCAGGAAAUAAUUCCAAUAAUGAACUAUCAUGUUUGACAAAAAGCAAUUUCUUCUCUAUUUUUGAAAAGAAAACCCAACAACGUUCAAAUGAAAAGAUUAUUAGAAAAUUGAGUUGGAGUCUAAUAAUGCCGGAUCAGAGUCUAGUUAGAGAGACUACACCCAAGACACAAAACUACGAGCAAUAUGUAAAGGGAGCAACAAUUGCGUUAGGAUCCGUAUUGAAUUUGAGCAAUUGUUUAGUGUCUUUAUCAGCCAUAUAUGUGUUAGGACCAGUUGGUAUUCCAUUUCUUCUUGUUUCACUUGGUCUUGGAAUAGUCAAUUCUAUAGUCUAUUGGAAAAAAGGUUGUCAACUUUUUAACGAAGCAAAAGUUCGCACAAAUCUUAAUAGAAUAAUGACCAACGCAAUAGAAGCUUAUAACAAAGGAGAGUACCAGAAGUUUAUCAAAAUACUUUCUGAGGAAUAUAAGGAAAACACUUGUAUUUUAAAAUUGGAGAAAUCUGACGAUAUUAUUGAUACCAAGGAGAUAAUAAAAUCGCUUAUGAAACAUGGUUUUCGGUCAGAUGGAAUUGCCUGUUUGUUGAAUUUGAUUGGCCUGGUAUUGGGCAGUGGCAUAAUAAAAGUUAAUGGGCAAACAACAGAUGAAUUAACAAAUAUGGCGGUAUUGGCUUUUCGCGGAGUGCAGAGUGAAGAACUUAUAAAGGAAGCCAAAAAACUAGAUGAACGCAUUAAUGAGGACGCAGAUAUUUUUGAAGAGAGUCUCUUUCUAUCAAGGCUGGAAGAAAUGCGUAAUGUUGCACUACUUAACAUUGCAAUUAUCGAUAUAUUAAUUGGUGGUGAUGAACAAAUAGAAAGAGCAAUAAAAACAAUUACGGAAAUUCGGGAUUUAAUUACUAAAGAUUAUAAAUUAUUUGACGUGGUUAAACAACGCUUGGAAGCUGUCGAAGAUUUAUUGUGGAUGGUCAGUGGCGAGAGACCGACCGACAAACUUCGAAUUACUAUUUAG